AUGACCAAAAGUAACGCCGAUCCGUUCUCAUACGCAGCUGUGUCCUGGAAAUCCGGGGUGCCGAGCUCAGACCCCUGCAUCCGCGUUCUUGAGCUUGCUCCAGGAGUGGAUUCCAUGAACAAAAACCCAUCGCAGAGCCCUCUGCACUGCAGUCUCUUCUGGACACCGCUCCAAUCCCCAGCAACAGUCCCUUUCAAAGCCCUCUCUUACACAUGGGGCACUGGGGGCUUUACGUCCACGUUGUGUAUCAAUGGACGUGGAUUCAAAAUCACCAGCUCUUUGGAGCAAGCACUCAGACAUCUCCAGCACCCCUCUGAGUACGUCACACUUUGGGUCGACCAGAUCUGUAUCAACCAGCAAGACAACAAAGAGAAGAGCAAACAGGUUGCUCUUAUGGGUGCAAUUUAUCAAGCUGCCGAAGAAACACUUGUUUGGCUAGGGCCAACGGAGUCCAACUCAACUCUCUUCAUGCGUGUGUGGAGAGAAGUGGGAGAAGACGCUGAAGGCUUUGGAAUGAUGGAUUAUUACACAACGGACCUGUUUCCUAUCUUAACACGCAUAACGAACAACAUUGAUCCGGACGAUCCUCAGACUAUUGAAUUCAAUGCGAUUCGUCAUCGAGCAACCUCAAGAUUCACAUUAGAAUUCUUAAAGGCUAUGGUAGAGUGGCACAAGAGGCCGUGGUUCACAAGAGUCUGGGUGGUCCAAGAGUUCAGCCUGACAAGUAAAGCCACCUUUGUCUGUGGUCACCAGAGAAUCAGCGCCGAGCAAGCACUUCUUGCUCGCCAGAUAUUCGAUCACUGCACUCGAAAUAUGUUGGAAAAAGUACAUGAUGUGGAUAGACCCGCACUGUUGAAUGCAUUUAGCGCUCUGCGGAACAAUCCUACGCAAGCAUUUUUUGCGACCCGGCAACAGAAAAAAAAAUUCGUCGCUGAGAACAAUGCUGGUACUACGCUAUACCGGUUACUAUGUAACCUUCAUGUGGACAACAAAUUACAAGCAACCGAACCGUGUGAUUUCAUCUGGGGCAUACUAGGAUUAGCGGUGGACGCUAAGCAACUUCAAAUAAGGCCGGACUAUGAGAUGAAAGAUCGAAUAGAACUCAUAUACACUGAAACAGCAAAGGCCAUCAUAAAAAAGGACGGCCUGGAUCUUAUUGCUUUAUCUCAAUUCCCAAAAGUUAUUAUGAAUCUCCCAUCCUGGGUUCCCGAUUGGACGGCCAAUCCAAGGCAAUCAUUUGCUGCACCACUGGACGAUUGCGUGAAUCAAUUCACUGCAUUCAAAGACAGUCCGUUCAGGCUCCUAAGCGCGACUGAUGUCGGGAUUCUGGGUCUGACGGGCUUUUAUGUCGAUAGGAUAGAGAGACUUGGGGAUGAGUGGCACAUUGAGAUUACCGAGGUCGAGCACACUUCCUACCAGGAAAAGUGGCUCGCCCUACUAACCGAAGUGGAAUAUUUGUGCUGGCGUUCCGAUAUAAUGAAUCACGACAUUUACCCUUCGAAUGCGAGACGUGCGGAGGCUAAAUGGCGGGUACCAAUCGGAGACAUUCAGUACACAGAAGUAUUUGAUCCGACUCGUGCUGACCCCUCUUAUGUACAGGCUUACAAAGAUUGCAUGUUUGAGUUAAAUUUCCUCAAGCAUGGUGGGUCAAUGGGCUCGGAUGAUUUCCAUAGACAGCAAAGAGCAUAUUAUGAGUCCACGACUCGUAACAGGGGAGGACGCUAUCGCGUAAGCAUGCAAGGGGUCAGAAACAAGCGACCCUUCCUUUCCAACUUAGGAUACGUUGGUAUGGGCCCGCUGCAUAUGCGACCGGGGGAUCAUAUUGUUGUCUUCAAAGGGGCGAAGAUUCCAUACAUUGUUCGUCAUCUAGAAGAUGGGAAGUAUUCGCUCGUAGGGGAGUGCUAUUGCGACGGAAUUAUGGACGGGGAGAUUGUGGAAAGGCGACAUGAAGAGGAUUUCUAUCUUCUGUAG